CUCUCUACUCCGGUCCCCUCUGCUCCACCUCUCUCUACUCCGGUCCCCUCUGCUCCACCUCUCUCUACUCCGGUGUCCUCGUCCACUUCGCCAGGAGGUUCAGAGGAGACACUUCGAAUGCAGCGUUACAAUGAUCCAUUCAUAUCCUCCUUGCACCCUUUUGUUGGGCAGUCUCUGACCUCUCCCACCCCGUCAUCGCCUGCUCCAACACCUGACUCAAAACAGAUUCCUGGGUCCCCAGAAAUGGGUUCUUAUGAUCACUUAUUUCCCCAUCCCUUCGUGUAUGUGGGGGAAAUACUUCCAGGUCAUCUUCGUGCCAAACAAGGAGCUCAGUCUCCACCCUCAGGCCCUCCUGGUUCAAAACAGACUCCUGACUCCCCCAUAGGGGCUUAUAGUUACCUAAUGCCCCGUCCUUAUCCCUACUCUCACAUGGGGCCAGUAUUCCCUACCCCCCCUCACACCCAACAAGAGUCUCAGCCUCCACCUGCAUCUACUCGGAUACCCCUCUCCAGUCCAGCCACUGAGUCUUCUCCUGGUUUAGAGUUCCACACUCAUGUCUCUCCAAAGGGGGGGCCUUUUUUGCCCUAUCCCCACCCUCGCAUGGUGCAACCGUUUGGAGGUCUUCCAGGUCAGCCCCAACAAGAGUUUCAGCCUCCACCUUCCUCAUCUGCAUCUACUCCGACACCUACCUCAGGUCCUUCCCUGGCCUUCCACCACCCCGACCAUGGGGACACAAUGCCAGUACAUUCUCAAAAAGAGGGCAGUCCCGUGCCUGUGCCGAACCAGUCAUCAUCUUCUCAAAGCGGCCAUCGGGGUUCCAUGUUGUAUUACCCUCCAUAUCAGGCCCCGUUUCCUGUGCCUGUCUGUCCUCCCCAUUCCCUGGCGUGUACCGGCUAUCCACACCCGUACCCCUACUCUAACGUUCUUACAUCGCCGACUACCGUAGCUGCCCAGAGUGCCACGGAGGGGUCCUCUACGUUGGGACCGUCUAAAGUAAUGUCCCCCCGUGCUGGCAAGGCAACGUCCUCAACCGUGCCGCUGGCCCCCUUGCUCUCCUGCAUGACGGACCACCUGGUUCUUUCGUUGCCUACUGCCCUUCUUCACUCCAUCCAGUUGAGAGAGGGCAAAAACAGCUGGGUGUCUGUGGAGUCUACGCCGGCUCAGUGCCAGUAUGAGGUGCAGCCAGGGAUGAAGGGUGUGCGGCUGUCUUCACCGCUCCCAGCCUGCCACUCUCGAACUCUGGAUGAUCCCUCCAUCCUGUCACUGCCAGUGAGGUUCUGGGACGUCAUGUUGGGGCGCUACUACUACUUAGACCUGCACUGCCCCUUCACAGACAUGCCACAAACGACCACGGCAGCGCCCACCACCACUAUUGGUCAGCGGGCUCAACCCCCUCCAACACCCACCACCACUAUUGGUCAGUGGACUCAACCCCCUCCCAUACCCACUACCACUAUUGGUCAGUGGACUCAACCCCCUCCCAUACCCACUACCACUAUUGGUCAGUGGACUCAACCCCCUCCCAUACCCACUACCACUAUUGGUCAGUGGACUCAACCCCCUCCCAUACGCACCUCCUCAUUCCCAAGACCAGAGGUUCUCUGCUCUACCCAGCAUAUGAAUGUGGCACUUCCUCCCGUACCAGUGUCUCAUUUGGUCGUCAAGGACCUGGACGGGAAUGCGGUGAAUGUGGAGGAUGCCCCAGUGCAUUGUGGGUACGAAGUGAAGGUGGGCAAAAGUGGCCAUGUCACCAUCAUCCUGCCCUACAGCUCCUGCCAUAUGACAGUCAAGGGAAAUAGUUACGUGGUGGAGUUGAAAUAUCGGCUCUUUGAUGGACAGCAAGGGCUAGCCCAGCUGUCAUGCCCUCUUCGUCAUCCUGAUCCUGUUUCAGGUCCAAAGUGUAGUGUGCCCAGUGAUCAGCAGAUAGCCUGUGCUCCAGGCCCAGUGGACUCCUCACACUGUCACUCCCUGGGCUGCUGCCACAGGGCCACCACCGGAGCCUGCUACUACCCCAUGGAUGAGUGCACGGGAGACGGCCAUUUUGUUUUCUCUGUGCCCGCCUCCAUCAUGAGCCCUCCCCUCAACCCUGCCAAGCUUGUUGCCGGUGGCAACGCGUCCUGCAUCCCACUGCGAGCAACCAAGGAGUACGCCCUGUUUAAGAUUCCACUGGAUGGGUGUGGAGCCCACAAAUUUGAAAUGGGACAGACGGUGAUCUACAUGGUGGAGAUUCUUAACACUGUUCAGGCGAUCUCCCUAAACUAUGGUACCAUCACACGGGACACUUCUGUAAGGGUGCUGGUGGAGUGCAGGUUUCUCCCCGGGUCGGUGGUCAGUGUGGGAUACCUGGUGAAGAGGCCAUCACUCGGCCCGUCCAUUCAGGCCCAGGGGGUGUUUGGAGUUCAGCUCAGGAUAGCCAAAGACCGCUCCUACUCCUCCUACCACCCCGAGUACCACCGGCCGCUCAGCGUGCUGCUGGGGAACCCUCUGUACCUGGAGGUGCGCCUGCUGAGCUCCCCGGACCCCUCCGUGGUGCUCCUGGUGCACUACUGCGUGGCCUACCCCCGCUCCGCCCAGUCAGCAUGGGUGCUCAUCUACGACGGGUGUCCAAACCCACUGGACCCUGGGCCCCACAUCACCCCCACCCCGCCUCCUCCUGAGGUUCCCAACCAGAUGCGGAGGUUCACCAUCUCCGCCUUCCAGUUCCUGCCCAAUGGGGACGCGGCGGGCCUGGCAGACCCCUACCAGUCAGAUGAAGAGAUUUACUUCAUGUGUUCUACUGAGGUGUGCUCUCCUUCAGACGGGCCAUGUGUGGAAGGAUGCUUCAGCGACCCCUCUAAAGUCUUGGAUUUUAGAUGAACGCCACUUGAUGACGCUGAAACUCCCGCCAAGACCCCCAUCGCUCUCACACCUCUCCCAAUUUACUAAUAAAGUUCCUU